AUGCCCACGAAGCGGCCGAGAUCCACUUGCACCGAGUGCAGUCUCCAUCGACAGAAAUGUGAUCGCAACAUCCCUUGCGGACGGUGUGUCAAGCGAGUGGUGUCCGAGAAGUGUACGCUGACCUGGCCCGAUGGCAAGUACGACACUCGAAUUCAUCGGGCAUAUCCAAAGAAGCCACCCGCCCUUUCCAGUCACGAGGUUCUCGUGGAUCUCGAUACUGGGGAAACUUUUGGAUCCAAUGCAAAGCGACUAGAUUAUUCCUUCAAGCCGUUCCUAGCACCUCGACUCCGAAACUCAAGGAUCGCGAAUAGUCAUGGCUUUGGCUUCAACCUCAAUCCUGCUGGCCCUGAAGCAUUCUUGCAGAUGCUCCUGCCCGGUAUUACCUCUGUUUGA